UGGAAUCUAAAAUCCAAAGCAAACAAUCAAAAAGCAGAUUAAAAUUAAAGUGAUGGCAGAGGAAAACAGAGUGAUACUACAUGGAGUGCAGUCUAGCCCUUUCUUCAAGAGGGUGGAAUUGGGAUUGAGAGCCAAAGGAAUUCCCUUUGAAUAUGUUGAAGAAGAUCUUCAAAACAAAAGUCAACUGCUUCUCAAAUAUAACCCUGUGCACAAGAAAAUUCCUGUACUUGUUCACAAUGGUAAGCCCAUUUGUGAGUCACUUGUAAUCCUUGAAUAUAUUGAUGAAACUUGGAGGGAUUAUGGUCCUAAACUUUUGCCCCAGGAUCCCUACAAGAGAGCCCAAAUUCGCUUCUGGAUUAGCUUUUUCCAUCAACAGUUGUUUGAGACAAUGUACUUGGUAAUCAUAAGUGAGGGAGACACACAAGAGAAAGCUACCAAGGAACUUUAUGAGAAAUUUGAAGUAUUUGAACAAGGAAUGAAAGAAUUUUUCCCUGAUGGGACUCCUUCGGUUGACAGCAACAAGUUUGGAAUUCUGGACAUUCUAUUGGUUACAACUUUUGGCCCUCAUGAAGUUCAAUCAGAAGUCCUUGGUAUAAAGGUCAUAGACCCAGUCAGGACCCCAUUAAUAUUUUCUUGGAUUUCAGCCUUAAAUAAGCUACCUUUGGUGAAAGAGUUAAUCCCUCCUUAUGACAAGCUUGUUGCAGCUCUUCAUACUCUUAGAAAUGUUGCCCUUAAAUCUACUGCUGCUUGACCUUAACUAUGUUAAAUAUACGUAGGUUUUUUUUUUUUGGUUGGUAAUUCAAUAAUUGGCAUGUAUUAAAUCCUCUACACCACGGGCCAUUAGUUUGUGUGAAAACAGUUUGGUAAGCUUUGUUGGUAUUUACUAGCCAAAGGUAUACUUUUUGUUUGCUUGGGUAAAGCCAAUUAGAGUCCUUGUAAUAAAUUUGAAAUGCUAUCAAUUUGCAAGCAAAGUUUUUUCCGUUUGGUAAGACA